CAUCCAUUUAUACUGAACAACUUUGCACUUACCGCGUCAGAAGUUGUAUGUAUAGAGAAAACAGUCGGGGUUCUUUGGUAAACACUGGCAACAUAACGUCCCGCUUGGAUCACAUAGCCCAUUUCUGGCCAGGAACACGAUGGAGAGGCUGGUGGUCUUCGCUCUCCUCUCGCUUCUGCAGCAAGGAACUGCAGCAAAUGUUAAGAACCUCCCUGAGAUAGUCCAUCAUGAGACAUUUGUCAAUGAAGCCGAGGGACAGUGUGCAGUGUACUGUCCCUCUCAGCCGAGUCAGUCAUGUCCUGCCCUGGACCAUCUCCUGUUGUACCUGAAUGCACAGCUCAGUCUAGAGGGACAGGUUGAACAGCUGAAGAACAGGACAGACAGCCUCGAUGGACAGCUGCAGCAACUGGCACAACAGGAACUCGUUGAAUUUCAGGCUGAAAGUGACUUGAAGGCCACUAUUGAAGCUCUUCAGGCGACAGUCAGUAGCCAGGAAAGCAUCAUCCAGCAGCAGGCUGUAGCUUUACAGCAGCUGCAGGGAACUCUGCAACAACUAGAGACCACCAAUCAGCAACAAGCCAGCAGCCUGCAGCAACUAGAGACCACCAAUCAGCAACAAGUCAGUAGCCUGCAGCAACUAGAGGCCACCAAUCAGCAACAAGCAAGCAUGUUGCAGCAACUAGAAACUACCAAUCAGCAACAAGACAGCAGCUUGCAGCAACUAGAAGGGACUCUGCGGCAUCAGGAAGCCACCAUCCAACAACAAACAGCAAUUCUACAGCAGUGCGCCACAGACCUGCAGCAGUUAGAAGGUACUUAA